AUGGGCGUCCCCACACGAUUCCAACACCAUCACCGAUUCCACAACCUUCAGGUUACCGCUACUCUUCUGACCCACUUGGCGACACAUACACCGGCAAUUCCCGGACGACAAAUAAUAAAGCCAACACGGCUGCCUAGUAUCAGCUCAUUGUUCUCCAUCAACACAAGACACACUGUCUCCUCCUUCCUGCCACCGCUGCAUUGCGUCGUGGAUCUUAUCAACCUCGGCACUCCUCAUCAAUCUCCUGCCCCUAGUCCAACAAAAACUGCAAUUGGCUCUCCAACCAGUCCCAGCAUGACAUCGUCCACCUCAAUCCGUUUUAACAGUGCCAAGUCAACUUCUUUUUCAACCCUCAGUCCCAAGACUCGCCGUCCACUGUCACUACACGAUUUACUGUCCUCCAAUACGUCUUCCACUACAUCAACACAACGUAGCAAGAAUGUCCAUCAUCGUCGUCAAUGCGGUAUCGUUGACUGCCACAAAUACGCAUUGACCGGUGGCUUCUGUAUUCGCCAUGGUGGUGGCAAACGCUGCAACUUCAUUGGCUGCCAGACGGUCGCUCAGAGUGGCGGACGUUGCAAGGCCCAUGGUGGUGGUAGCAAGUGCAAAGUCUUUGGAUGUGACAGUGUCGCUCGACGAAAAGGCUUCUGUAUGAUGCAUGGCGGACGACAACAAUGCAAAAUUGAUGGUUGCUUGAAAUGUGCACACGGUGGCGGCUUCUGUAUCUCACAUGGAGGAGGCAAGCGUUGCUCAUCUAUUGCGUGCAGCAAGAGCGCACAGGCCGGUGGAUUCUGCUACAGUCACGGUGGAGGCAAACGCUGCGCUGCACCAGAAUGUUUCCAAGCCGCUCGCAAGGGUGGACUUUGCAUCAGACAUCGCAAAGUUGCUGCACUGAUUUAG